AUGGGUGUUGCACCCAGUCGAGAAACAUUAAAACGCGGGCUGUACAUUGUGCCACCCCCUACAAGUGGUAAUGGCAACAGCUCCGGGGGUCACAAGAAGUUGGACAUAGUGCUAGUUCCGCUCACCAAAGAGUUUUUUCCCUCUGCCGACUGCCCACUGUUCGUGCAGUUCCACAAAACACGAUGUGAUGCGGGUGUAAACUAUUACUUCCGCCACCCAGGGAACCCAGGGGAUUUGAGCCGCAUUCCAAACGCAAGUAGCAGCGAUGGAAAAACCUCGUACCCAUCGCGAGAAGUACUAUAUUCUGGAGUGGUGGAGCGGACGGAGGAGAUGCUGUUCGACACGGAUGAGGAAAUGCGACUGGCGCACGAGCGGUCUUUACGGGACGAACGUUCAGGCGGGCCCUCAUCACUCUCUGGUGAGAGAGACAAAACAGCAGACGUGAAAGAGAAGAGAGUUCUUCCGAUCAUGUGCGCAGUAGCAUUUCGCUACGACCCCGAGAAAUUAGGGCAGUUGCAACAGAAUCAAGCAACGACGGGGGGCGGUAGGGCACCACACCUCCAAACGUUGAUGGCAAACGGUGUGCGUGUUGGCGGAUCAAUUGUCAACAUUGUUGGUUGCUUUGGCUUUGUGCCCAUGGAAGUCGAGGGCAUGCAGUCGCUAACGUCAGCGCCUCACACUCCAGUAUGUCCCGGAAUCGCGAGAAGCGGUAGCGGCAGCGCUCUGACAGGUUUACCCAGAGGACCUCAUUCAUUAGCCGGGGUGCGUGGAGCAACUAGUUGCUCUUCCUCACUGGACAAUCAAUACCUUUCGGUGUCGUCACUGCAACACUGUUCGAUGAUCAGCGGUCUAACAUUUCAUGAUAACCCCACCUCGUUUCCCACAGUAUAUAUGCAGCCAAACCAACGGACACCCGUGUCACGUAACGGCACCUCGUCAAGAGUAUCGUCUCUCUGCACGACACCAACUUAUGAUCCGUACGCAAGGCAGUGGACCGCAUUGCAGCCAGAAGCUUUGCCACGGGAAAGGGGCCGGGCUAUGCGUCAUCGUAGUGUAGCGCCGGAGGAGAACUUCAAUCGCUUUUUCUCACUGCCACCUCCUGUGGCCGCACCGCUGGCAGCCAUUGUUUUCCUAACAAAAUCAGCGGGGGAACAAAACCUCGGUCGUGUGACAUUUGUAGCUGCAAGCACUUAUUACAAUCAACUUGUGGAGGCAGGAGUGUUGAAACGGCGUGGCAAAAACGCUUUGGCGUCAUCAGAGGUUGAAAAAUGUCACCUUCCGCCACUGGAAACGUUUAGUUUCUCGUCACUGAUGACAAAUGUGCCCAUUAUUUCAUUUGUGUAUGAAAUGCGUUGCCGAUGGGAGCAAUUUGGACUUCUGUCCCGCCAGAAUAGCGCACCUCACUCACGAACAGACUCGUUGAACUUUUCAUCCGCGUCCACAUCCGGAUUGAAGGCGGGCGCGCCCCCGGAGUCUGCGAAUAUGGGGGUAUCACACGAAAAUCUUGAGAUGUGGUUAACAGAUGAUAGCAUGUUCCACGGCCGUAUUGGGAAGGAAUUAGCGGAGCGGCUUUGUUUGAGCAUGGCCGAGCGGCCAGACGUUACAUCAAGUCGAGCUGAACCGCUACCCGACGAUCGAAAUUACUGGCGUUUCUGUGGCCUUGUCGAUCGUAAGAACCAGCCACCCACUCAACUAUGUGAAGGUGACGAUGUAUCAGUGGACCCAGUUAAUGUGUAUGUCAUGGGCGCGGCAGUAAUCGAUGGCUUUGACGAGGGUGACGUGCUGAGAUAUGACCGGACGAGCCGUUCGUGGGUGGCCGACCGGAAUAUUCCACUUGAUGCUGUUGUCCUUGCGGCAAUGCGGCCGUUUUGCAAGGCGGCGCGCACAGCUCCACCCGAUGACAUUGGAUGGGUAACGACUGAAGUGGAAGAGGAAGACGAGAAGGAGGUCGAAGCCCAGGAUCACGCUGAGACGGCGGGGGAAGAGGGUGUGGAUGCCGAUGCAACUAUGCGGCGAAAGGUCUGCGAUGGGACUGUGGAGAGGAAGAAAAAACGGGUCCACGUUCGUGAAGGCAACUUCUACAUCUAUCGUUUUGAGCUGAAUGGCAAGGUGUAUUACCACGGAACGGUGCCAGAUUUUGCGAAUCCCAACAAAAAGAAGUUGGCACAGAAUUUGGCCGCACCUGCAGCUGGGGCAGUAAGUCCUGCUGCAUCAACUGUCCCUGCGCAUCCCGCUACUGGAGAGAAGGAAAAGGAGCAAAAACCCGUGGCGGAAAAGGUAAAGGUAGAAAAUAGCACCAACAAAGAGUCAGUAUCCACCAUAUCAGCACUCUUUUCCUUUUUCGCUGGCUGCGGUGAGGGCAGUGAAAGGAGCUACAUGUCGUAUUUGCCCACCCGCGUACGCUAUGGGGCAGUGCAAGCCGCAGCUCAAUUGAUGGGGGUCCUCUUUCACACAGCACCGCAAUUUCAACCACUGCCGGAUCGGUCUGCCGUCGCUACUACAUCUAUAACCUCUCAAACAGCGUUCCCACCGUCGGCGGGCUUGUCAGCGCAGCCGGCACGGCGACCAUCGACAUUUGUGAAGGUGGGGCCGGAGGCGGAAGUAAACGAGACACGACAGGUGCCUAACAAUGCUGCAACAGGGCCUAGGACGUUUGCUAAGCGGUUCAUAGAUGAAACAGCCUUUAUUUGGGACUGGAGGAAGUCCUAA